UUUUAUAACAACUGCACCCCUCUUUAGGCAGAUUAACGGCGAUGACUCUAUGACCGGCCCUCCUUCCCCUUCCUGCUCCUCCUCCCUUUUCCUCUCCUCGUACCGCUCCUUCUCCGCCUCUCUUCCUCCUAGUCCCUCCUUAUCUCCCCUCGCUUUCCGUCUCCUAUCCGCCGGCUCUCCUCUCCCCCCGGUGCCCUCCGACUUCCCCUACUCGAAGCUUAUUCCGAGGACGCGCUUCGUAAUCGACGGUUUCCGCUCAGCCGGAGACUUCUCCGUCUCCUACUUUCUUUCCCACUUCCACUCAGAUCAUUACGCCGGCCUCAGCAGCGCUUGGUGUAAAGGAGUCAUCUUUUGCUCGGCGAUCACCGCUCGUCUCCUCGUCGAGGUCCUCAAGGUCCCUCCUUUCUUCGUCGUUUCACUCUCAUCGGGUGAAGUCUUAGAGAUCGACGAAUGGGAGGUUGCUGCCGUAGACGCCAACCACUGCCCCGGCGCCGUCCAGUUCCUUUUUAGGUCACGUGGGUCCGAAGGGAGGCGAGCGGAAAGGUAUAUUCACACUGGCGACUUUCGUUUCCAUGAAUCGAUGAAACUGGAUCCUGUUUUGUGUGAGUUCGUUGGAGCGGAUGCUGUUUUCUUGGACACGACAUAUUGUAACCCCAAGUUUGUCUUCCCAUCGCAAGAGGAAUCAGUCGAAUACAUCGUGAGCACUAUCAAAAGAAUUAAAGAGCAAAAUAAGGAAACGGGGGAAUCGGUUCUUUUUCUGAUCGCGACCUAUGUAAUUGGCAAAGAGAAGAUUUUGCUUGAGAUUUCUCGUCAGUGCGGUUGCCUGCUGCAAGUGGAUAGCAGAAAAAUGCAGAUUUUAUCUGUUCUGGGCCUUGUCGAUUCUGGCGCUUUUACUCAGGAUACUGCAGUCAGCAAUAUUCAUGUUAUUGGAUGGAACGUAUUGGGUGAGACUUGGCCUUACUUCAGGCCUAAUUUUGGAAAGAUGGAGGAGAUUAUGCUGGAGAGAGGAUACUCUAAAGUAGUGGGUUUCGUUUCGACAGGGUGGAUGUAUGAAACGAAGAAAGAUGGAUUUGCAGUGAGGGUUAAGGGUUCGCUUGAGGUUCAUCUGGUUCCGUACAGUGAGCAUUCGAACUAUGACGAGUUGAGAGAAUAUGUAAAGUUCUUGAAGCCAAAGCGAGUUAUACCAACUGUUGGAGUGGAUAUUGAGACUCCAGAUAGCAAGCAUGCUUUAGCUAUGAAGAAGCAUUUCAGAGGACUAGUUGAUGAGAUGGCAAACAAGCACGAUUUUCUGUUGGCUUUACACAGGAAGUCAGACUCUACUGAUUUAAUAUCUGGGAAUGACAUAACUGUUGAUCUUAACCUGCAUGGUGAUGUGGAUUCAGAAAAUAUUCCACUGCAACCUGACUUGCAAAAUUUCAGCAGGCUAAAUGUUGAGGACAUGGAAGGUACACUUAAGGACCUUCAAGAUUGCUUGCCAUCUUGGGUAACACAGAUUCAGUCAUUAGAAUUGCUAAAAAAGUUUAAUGGAGAUAUCAUUGCUGCAGUUACAGAAUUUUUCGAACACGAAACAGAGUUCUAUAAACAAGCAAAUGCCACUAACAAUUCUAUAGUUAGCCCUUGUGAAAAGAUUGAGACUAAUCUUGAUCUCUUGUUUCCUCUUAAGUCUCCUGGAGAGAUCCCUGAAUCUGGUAUGAAGAAUUUCCUGAGCCCGGUGAAGCAAUCAGUUGAACAAAUUUUGAAAAAUACGGCAAAUCCACCACUCAAAAAAAAGAGGAGCUCAGAUGGCGGAAAAAACAAGAAAAAAAAGAAGAUGAAAGGUUGCCCGACUUUGUAUAAAAGUGGUGGAAAGCAAUCUAUUAUCACUAAUUUUUUCAAAAAAGCUUCAGCAGAUGCAUCUUCCAGUUUUACCAAUGUGAAUACUUCUAGCCAACAAAUAAGUAGUUCAAUAGAUGAGGAUCCAGUUGCUGUAAAAAUCUGUAAAGAAGAUUUGGACAAAUUUCUUCAGGUCAUAAAUGAUGGAAUACCACGGGAGUCUGCUGCAACAUUGAUGGAGAAGGCUAAAGGAAAUAUUGAUGUAGCAGUGGACAUGUAUUAUUGUGCUUUCCAUAAUGUCUUGGAGGAUGAUGAGAAUUUGAUCACAAAUAAUGUUUUGAAAACUGAGGGGAACUUACUCCCUGCAGCUGAUGCACCAAUUAUUCAUUUAGAUAAGAAUAGAGAAAAGCUGUACAAUUCAUCUUCAGACAGAAUAAGCUUACCAACAUUGUACUUAAAGGGAAAUUUUAGAGAAGACAAAACUGCAACUAAUGUAUCGUUACCAAUUGAUAAAUAUUGCCCUAUUGAGUAUGCAUGCUGGAAAGCUGGAGAGCCUUCUCCGUACUUGCACUUAGCACGAACUUUUCACUUAGUGGAACAAGAAAAAGGAAAGAUAAAGACCACAACUAUGCUUUGCAAUAUGUUCAGAAGCUUGCUUACUCUGUCUCCUGCUGAUGUUCUGCCUGCUCUUUAUCUGUGCACAAAUAGAAUUGCUUCUGACCAUGAAAAUAUGGAACUGAAUGUCGGUGGAAGUUUAGUAGUAACGGCAUUGGAAGAGGCUUGUGGAACAACCAGAUCCAAAAUCAAGGAAAUGUACAAUAAAUUUGGUGAUCUUGGUGAUGUUGCACAAGAAAUCCGACAAACCCAGGCUUUACUUGCUCCUCCUAGUCCCAUUUUAAUUCACCAUUUAUUCUGUAUUCUUAGAGAGAUCAGUGUGAUCACAGGAAGUGGGAGUGCCCUUCGCAGGAAAAAUCUCAUUGUGAAUCUGAUGCGUUCCUGUAGGGAAAUGGAAAUGAAAUUUCUUGUCAGAACAUUGGUUCGGAAUUUGCGUAUUGGUGCAAUGAUGAAAACCAUCUUGUCAGCACUAGCACAAGCAGUGGUAUUGAAUAGUCUACCCCCUCUAGCGUCUGUUGGAAUUUCUGAUACCACUAAAUUGCAGCUUCAGAGUGUUUCUGCAGCAGUUGUGGAGGCAUUCAAUGUUCUUCCAAAUUUGGAUGUUUUUAUUCCUUCUCUUUUGAGCAAAGGCUUGGAAUUUUCUGCUCGUUCAAUUGAAAUGAUUCCGGGCACACCAAUUCUGCCAUUGCUUGCCAGAAUUACCAAUGGUGUCAUACAAGUGAUGAAAUUGUUUGAGGGUAGAGCUUUCACCUGUGAAUACAAAUAUGAUGGUCAAAGGGCCCAAAUUCAUAGAUUAGCUGAUGGUUCUAUACGAAUUUUUUCACGACAAAUGAAGGAAACAACAUCUAGAUUCCCAGAUUUAGUGAACAUUAUCAAAGAUUCCUGUAAACCUGAAGCUUCUACUUUUAUAUUAGAUGCAGAGGUUGUUGCUGUGGACAGAACACAUGGCAGGAAACUUUUGUCUUUUCAAGAGCUAUCUUCAAGGGAAAGAGGAAAUAAGGAUUCAUCAAUUUCAACAGAAAAAAUCAGAGUUAAUAUUUGUGUCUUCAUAUUUGAUAUCAUGCUCUGCAAUGGAGAACGGCUUUUGGAUCUCCCACUUCGUAAAAGGAGAAAAUAUAUAAAAGAUCUAUUUAAUAUGGAGAAGGCAGGUUACUUGGAGUUUGCCAAGGAAAUAACUAGGGAUUUGUCAUGCACCGUUUCUUUGCUGAUUAAGGUGGAAGCAGAUCAAGCAUUCGCCAAUAAUCAACUCGCCUUAGAUAGAGUAAAUUUAUUCUUUGAAGAAGCACGGAAUUCUUCUUGUGAAGGAAUUAUGGUGAAGACUCUAGAUGAUUUUGGGUAUUCUGCAUCAAAACGUUGUGAGGCAUGGCUGAAGGUAAAGCGUGAUUAUGUUGAAGGAAUAGGUGACAGUCUUGAUCUUGUUCUUAUUGGUGCUUGGCAUGGAAAUGGAAGAAAAGCUGGAUGGUAUAGCCCUUUCCUCGUGGCGUGCUACAACCCAGAUACUGAAGAAUUUCAAAGUGUCUGUCGCGUCAUGUCUGGUUUUUCAGAUUCAUUUUAUUUAGAGAUGAAAGAAUUUCUUUCUGGGGAGAAGUUAUUGCCCAGGAAGCCAUCUUAUUACCAAACACAUGAGACACCUGAUCUCUGGUUUCGUCCGGAACUUGUUUGGGAAAUAAGAGGUGCAGACCUCACAAUAUCACCAGUUCAUCAUGCUGCUGUUGGUUUAGUUCAUCCUUCGCGAGGCAUCUCCGUAAGAUUGCCAAGGUACAUCCGAUCUCGACCAGACAAGACACCCGAAGAUUGCAGCACUUCUUCUGAUAUUGCUCUCAUGUAUAAAUCUCAAACCAGAAAAAUGGAGGUGUUCACAGAAGAUUAGUGGAAAUGAUUCAGGCAAAUAGUUUUGUGUGAAUAGUGCCUGCCCUAUGGUUGAACUCUUGCUCUAUGGUCCUUUUGCCACUUGCUCUUGACCUAGUUUUAUAGAAGAAAAACAAUUUUUCUCUCUUUUGGAAAUCAAGGUAUGAUGACUUUAUGGUGAAUUAGUAUUAUAUUGCUACUAAACUGUCUUCUUUUAUGUUGAAUACUACUUUAUGUUGUACACUAAUUAUCAAAUACAUGGCUUGCAGGGAUGAGCCAUUUCUUAA